AUGUCGAGAUCUCUCUUCUCUAAGUUGCACCAGGCUAUCAAUCCAAAUGCUUCUCCAACUAGGGAAUCAAAUGGAGAGGCAACUCCCGAAAAUGCAAUGGAUACGGUGUCUACCUUCAUUGAGAAACUGCACGCCAAAGUGUCUUCUCACCAUGAAAAGGAACUCAUUACUGCGCGAGUCCUCGGAAUCGCCAAAGCGCAGAAGGAGGCAAGGACCGUCAUUGGUUCGCACGCUCAAGCGAUGCCAUUGUUCGUAUCGAUUCUGCGAAACGGUACUGACGGUGCCAAGCUGAAUGUAGCUGCAACACUGAGUGUUAUGUCAAAAGAUGAUGACUUGAGGGUCAAGGUACUGCUUGGUGGGUGCAUCCCGCCGUUGCUAUCGCUUCUGAAAUCAGAAUCACCUGAAGCGAGGAAGGCUGCAGCGGAAUCCAUAUAUGAAGUCUCCUCGGGUUGGCCUUCAGACGAUCACAUUGGCAUGAAAAUUUUCUUGACAGAGAGUGUGGUGCCAACUCUAUGGGACCAGCUCGAUCCGAAGAACAAACAAGACAGAGUGGUACAAGGGUUUGUGGUCGGAGCACUGAGAAAUCUUUCCAGCAUCAAAGACUCGUGUUGGAGAACGAUACUCGAGGAUGGAGGAGCGAAAAUCAUCAUCAAACUUCUGUCUUCUGAUAACAGCUUUGCACAAUCAAAUGCUGCUUCUCUCUUGGCAAGCUUGAUGCUAACUUUUAGCGACAUUAUCGAGAAAUUCAUUGAUGUUGGAAUAGUUAAAACUCUGCUGAAAAUGUUGGAACAGAAAAAUGAUAUAUCUGUGAAUGCUAGUGCUGCCGAGGCCUUGGACGCUCUAACCGCAAAGUCUGAAGAUGUUAGAAAGGAUGUUGUGGAUGCAAAUGGUGUAAAUAUUCUCAUUGCUUCUAUAGUUGCUCCAGCAUCAAAAGAUGGUAUGCAAGAGGAUUCCAUUCUGCAUGCCUUACAGACCCAUGCGACACGAGCUCUAGCGAAUAUCUACGGUGGGAUGCAAGCUUUACUGCUACAUCUGGGAAAACUCUCACAGUCGCCUCGACUAUCUGCACCAGUUGCUGAUAUACUUGGAGCCCUUGCUUAUGCUUUGAUGAUCUAUGAGAAUGAGUCUAAUACUUCAGAUGAAGAGGAACCCUUUGAUGCAACAAAGGUAGAGGACAUACUGAUCAAACUAUUGAAGCCUCGUGACACUAAGUUAUUCCAAGAGCGUGUUCUCAAAGCAAUGGCUAGCCUAUAUGGCAAUGUCCACCUCAAAAAAUGGUUGAAUAAUGCAGAUGCGAAGAAAAUCCUCACCUUACUUGUGAUAAUGGCUACGACGGGGGAUGAGCAAGAAUCUCUGAUAUCUUCUCUAAUCAAGCUAUGUCGUAACAAGAUGGGCAUAUGGGAAUCGAUUGGAAAGAGAGGAGGAAUUCAGAUGCUCAUCUCGUUACUCGGGUUAUCUAGCGAACAACAUCAGGAGUGUGCAGUUGAACUGCUGGUAAUCCUGACUGAACAAGAGGAUGAGAGCAAGUGGGCUAUAACAGCUGCUGGUGGGAUUCCACCACUGGUACAGUUACUAGAUAUUGGAACCCAGAAGGCCAAGGAAGACGCAGCUCUUGUCCUCUGGAACUUGUGUUGUCAUAGUGAGGAUAUUCAUGAAUGCAUUGAAAGUGCAGGAGCCAUCCCAGCUUUCAUAUGGCUACUUAAAACUGGUGGACCAAAAGCUCAAGAAACCUCCACUAUGGCUCUUUUAAGGCUUGUUAGAAGCGCAGAUUCUUCCACGAUCAAUCUACUAUUACCAAUGCUAGAUGACGAGUCCAUAGAUUCGAAGUCUCACAUCAUCAAGGUUCUGGGCCAUGUGCUCACAUUAGCAUCAGAGAAGGAUAUUGGGAAUUUAGAAUCUCCUGCUAGUAAAGCCGUAAGAUCUCUUGUUCAGGUUCUUACCUCUCCAAAUCGAGAAACACGAGAGUAUGCUGCAUAUAUUCUUGCUGACCUAUUCACCACACGACAAGAUAUCUGCCACAGCUUUUCGACUAGUGAGAUUGUGGAUCCCUGCAAGAAGAUCUUAAAUGGGAACAACACAGAGUCUGUCGUGAAACAACUAGCACAAGCAUUAGCUGCAUUGUCUCGUCCAAAGAAGACCAAGUCGAGCAAGAAAAUGGCUCACAUCACGCAAACAGAUGUCAUGCCUCUCAUUGACUUAGCCAAAACUUCUCCGAUGGAGAGUGCAGAAUCCGCAGUUGCUGCACUGGCAAAUAUUCUCUCCGACCCUCAUCUUGCUGCCGAAGCAUUAGUGGAAGAUGUUGUUUCAGGUUUGACAAGAGUUCUUGGGGAAGGGAGUUUACAAGGGAAGAAGAGUGCAUCUCAGGCACUUCAUCAACUUCUGAAGCAUUUCCCUGUAAGUGAGGUGAUUAGUGGGAGUGCUCAGUGUCGUUUUGUGGUUGUAUCGGUGCUCGAGUCACUAAACUCAAUGGAGAAGAGUGGGACUGAUGUGACUGAUGGUUUAGAAGUGGUUUCACUCUUGACAAGGACGAAGCAAGGUGCAAACUUAGAAUACCAACCAUGGGCUGCGCUAGUUGAAGUUCCAUCAAGCUUAGAGCCUCUAGUUUAUUGUUUGGCGAAGGGGUCUCCUGUGGUUCAAGAUAAGGCAAUCGAGAUAUUGUCCAGACUUUGUGGUGAGCAACCUGUUCUGUUGGGCGAUCUGUUGAUUGCUAGAUCGAGUUCAGUUGCUACUUUGGCCGGCAGAAUAACAAACUCGUCGAGCUCAGAAGUGAGAGCGGGCGGGACGGCAUUACUCAUUUGUGCUGCAAAAGAACACAAACAAAAGUCGUUAGAAGAGAUUGAUGCAUCAGGAUACUUGAAGCCCCUCAUAUAUAACUUAGUCAAUAUGAUAAAACACAACUCUCGGUUUUCGGCUGUAGAGAUUGAGGUUCAGAGUCCUAGAGGGUUUUACGACAGGUCAAUUCGUCGAAGAAGAGAGGAAUUCGAUAUGGUGGAUCCAACUACUUUACUGGGAGAUACUGCUGCAUUGUGGUUAUUGGCAAUCAUAUCUUCAUUUCGUGCGAAGAACAAGCUCAUCACUAUGGAAGCUGGUGGGCUCGAGACAGAACUUGAGGACAGAGAAGGAAUAUGGAUAAGUGGAUUGCUCCUAGCAGUGCUAUUCCAGGAUGCCAAAGUGGUACUAUCUCCUGCAUCUAUCAGGAUUAUACCUUCUCUUUCUUACCUGCUGAGGUCCGACAAAAUAAUCGAGAGAUUCUUCGCAUCCCAAGCACUUGCGAGUCUCGCUUGCAAUGGAACCAAAGGAAUAAGCAUCUCUAUCGCUAACUCUGGUGCCAUUACUGGAUUAAUCCCAUUAGUUGGCUCUGAUGAAUGUGAGAUGCCAAAUUUAGCCACACUUUCAGAAGAGUUCUCUCUAGAGAAAAACCCAGCUCAUCUUGCAUUGCAACGCCUCUUUGAGGAAGAAGACGUAAGUGGUGGGGGGCCAACUGCUCAUAAGGCUAUCCCUUUGUUGGUGGAUCUCCUGUGUCCCAUUUCUAAUAGACUUGGUGCCCUUCCAAUUGCUGUAGAGCUUCUGUAUCGCAUUGCCGAGGGAAGUGAUACAAACAAGUUGAUCAUGACUGAAGCUGGUGCUUUAGAGUCAUUAACCAAGUACCUCUCAUUAAACCAUAGGGACUCGAAUGAGGCUUCUAUAUCCGACCUUUUGAGGGUACUUUUCAAGAAAACAGAUCUCAUACGACAUGAAGUGGCACUCAGUUGUUUGAACCAUCUCGUUGCUGUCCUUCGCCUAGGUUGUAGAGAUGCUCGAUUCAGUGCUGCCAGGGCUCUCCACGAGCUCUUCAAUUCUGAGAAGAUUAAGACAUGUGACCUAGCAAGACAAGCUAUUCAGCCCUUGAUCGACAUGGUCAACGUUGCUGAAUCAGAAAACGAGCAACAAUCUAUACUUUCCACCUUGAUCAAGCUUACCUCGGGGAACAACGCUUCAAAAGCUGCUCUAUUCAUCGACGUAGAUGGUAAUGCAUUAGAGACCAUGUAUAGAAUACUCUCCACUUCUUCUUCAUCUCCAGAGCUAAAAGGAAGUGCUGCACUGGUUUGCUAUGUACUCUUUAGCAAUACAAAGUUCAGAGAAACUCCAAUUGCUCACCAGUGCAUUGAACCACUUGUAUCUCUCAUCCAAUCUCCAUCAGUUUCGGCUAUAGAGUCCGCAGUUUGGGCAUUCGAGAAGCUACUUGAAGACGACCAACUUGUGGAGCAUGUUUCAACAAAUGAUGAGGUAUUGGACCUUCUCAUCAGCCUUGUUUCUGGCACAGAGUAUCGACUCGUUGAAGGAAGUGUAUCAGUGCUGAUAAAGCUGGGGAAAGAUCGAGUUCACCGAAAACAGGACAUGGUGAGAGCAGGAAUCUUGGAAAAGUGUCUCGAAAUUCUUCCGCGCGCAUCAAUGCCAUGUUGCGCUGCAAUUGCUGAAUUGUUCCGCAUACUGACCAACAGUAGCGCCAUAGCAAGGAGUCCAGAAGCCGCAAAGAUCGUUGAGCCACUCUUCGAUCUCUUGCUUCAGCCAGAUUUCGGCUCACAGGGACAGAACAGCGCCUUAAACGCACUCGUCAAUAUCUUGGAAAAACCGCAAUGCCUUACCACAUUAAGACUCACACCAAGCCAGACAAUCGAGCCACUGAUCUCCUUCCUUCAAUCAUCAACUCAAGAGCUUCAACAUGUCGGCACCCAGCUUCUCUCCCAUCUCUUGGCACAGGAACACUUCCAGCAAGAUAUCAUGACGAAGAACGCAGUCGUGCCACUCGUGAGGCUUGCCGGAAUCGGAAUCCUGACACUCCAGCAGACGGCGGUGGCAGCAUUGGAGAAAAUCUCAACCACCUGGCCACAGGAAGUCGCUGAUGCAGGAGGAAUUCAUGAGAUCUCCAAAUUGAUCGUCCAAGACGAUCCCGAACCAUCUCUCGAGCUAUGGGAAGCGGCAGCUCUAACGCUCUCAAAUAUUCUCCGGUUCAACGUCGAGUACUACAAUAGAGUCCCUCUCCUCGUUCUAGCUCGAAUGUUGCAGUCAACAUUCGACAGCACGAUUAAGGUUGCGCUCAACGCAUUGCUCGUUCGCGAUCGAGCCGAUGAGUCGAGCGCUGAGCAAAUGGUGGAAGCUGGAGUUGUCGAUGCGCUGUUAGAUCUGUUGAGAUCUCAUCACUGUGAAGAGAUCUCCGGGAGGUUGCUUGAAGCUCUGUUUAACAAGGUUAGGGUUCGAGAAAUGAAGAUUACGAAGUUCGCGAUCGCACCUCUAGCGCAGUACCUGCUGGAUCCGCAAACGACGUCGGAGACCUGCAAGCUGCUUGCUGCUCUGGCGCUCGGAGAUCUGUCGCAGCAAGAAGGUCACGCGAGAUCGAGCGAUUCGGUGUCGGCUUGUCGAGCGCUGGUCAGCUUGCUGGAAGAUCAGCCGUCAGAGGAGAUGACGAUGGUGGCUGUUUGUGCGCUGCAGAAUUUUGUGAUGCAUAGUCGAACGAAUCGGCGAGCGGUGGCGGAAGCCGGCGGGAUAUUGGUGAUCCAGGAACUGCUGAUAUCGCCUAGUGCUGAUGUGGCAGCGCAGGCAGCCGUGCUGAUUAAGCUUAUGUUUUCGAAUCAGUCGCUUCAGGAAUACGUUUCCACUGAGCUCGUCAGAUCGUUGACAGGUACCAAAAAUAAAGUUUACUUCAAUUUUGUUAGGUUAAAAAUCAGAAGCUUGGCCUCUCUCUUUAUCCAUUUGCUUUCAUCUUCUCAAGCUGCACUGGAGAGGGAGUUCUUGUCCGCAGCAACUAUGAACAUUCGGAUACUGAGAGCCAUAAACGUCGUGUUCACCAACUUUGCUAAGCUCCACGCUUCGGAAGCAGCAACGUUAUGCAUCCCCCAUUUGGUAACUGCUCUCAAGUCCGACAAUGAGGCGGCUCAAAUGUGUGCAUUGGACACACUGUGCGUAUUGAAGGAUUCGUGGUCGGCCAUGCCCGUAGAUAUAGCCAAGUCUCAGGCGAUGAUGACUGCUGAAGCUGUGCCCGUCCUGCAAAGCCUGUCGAAAGCCUGUCCGCCGGGUACCUACGACAAAGCAGAUGCACUGUUGCGCUGUCUGCCCGGAUGUUUGACAGUCACCAUCAAGCGCGGGAACAACUUGAAGCAGGCGAAUGCUUUAUGUCAGUUGACUAUCGGCAACAGCCCUCAAAGGCAAACCAAGGUGGUAAGCAACAAUAGCUCGCCAGAAUGGAAUGAGUCUUUCACAUGGCCAUUUGACGUAGCGCCUAGAGGACAGCAGCUCAGCAUUGUCUGCAAAAGCAAGGGCACAUUUGGCAAGACAACGCUAGGAAGAGUAAGUGUCCGAAUCGAUAGAGUGGUAACAGACGGAAUGUACAAUGGAGUUGUGACCCUCACUAACGAUGCCACCAAAGACGACACUUCCAUAACACUUGAAAUUGAGAUUGUUUGGGCAAACACGACCUCGGAAUAAAAACCACCAUAGCUACAAGGAGGGAAAUGAGACAUAAAUAUUCUACAGCACCGCAUGUAAAGCAUUUUUGUUGGGCAAUAUGAUGUACAGAUGUAUUUAUUCAGUAUUUUGUAAGUUGCAGCUUAGAAUCAAUCGGUACAUUUUGUAAGGGGUAGGUUUUACUCUCAUAAAGGAGUGCGCCCGGCAAGUCACGAAUUGAUCUUGCGAGCGGUGUAUUGUUUAUGUAAAUGAAAAC